AGGAAGAGGCGUGGUCACAUUGCCUUACGUCUCCCUGGAAGGCAGCCCUGCUGAAGGUUGCUGCUAUCUAUUCGCCUUAACUGCCAUCGGCCCUCUUCCUUGUCGUCAUCAUCAUGGCUGCCGGUACCGAAGAGCCUUUCCCCUUCCAUGGCCUGCUACCCAAGAAGGAGACCGGAGCAGCGUCCUUCCUCACUCGGUACCCCCAGUACGAUGGGCGCGGGGUGCUGAUUGCUGUGCUGGAUACCGGGGUGGACCCGGGGGCUCCGGGGAUGCAGCAAACAACAGAUGGAAAACCCAAGAUUAUUGACAUCAUUGAUACAACUGGAAGUGGUGAUGUGUGCACUAGUACUGUGGUUGAACCAAAAGAUGGUAUCAUAGCUGGCCUUUCCGGGAGGACUUUAAAGAUUCCCACAAGCUGGAAAAAUCCUUCGGGUAGAUAUCAUAUCGGUGAAAAGAAUGGCUUUGACUUUUAUCCAAAGGCCCUCAAAGAGCGACUGCAGAAAGAGCGAAAAGAAAAGUUGUGGGAUCCCACCCAUCGAGCCAUACUAGCAGACGCAUGCAGAAAGCAGGAGGAGAUUGACACAGGCUCAAACAGUCAAACCCAGUUGGGAAAACUGAUCAAAGAAGAUGUUCAAAAUCAAGUAGAACUGCUGAAUUCAUUUGAGAAGAAGUAUAGUGAUCCGGGUCCAGUGUAUGACUGUUUGGUGUGGCAUGAUGGGGAAAUGUGGCGUGCCUGCAUGGACACAAGUGAAUGUGGGGAUCUUGAAACUUGCACUGUAUUAGGAAAUUACAGAGAAAUGCAAGAAUAUGCCUCGUUUGGUACAUCAGAAAUGCUGAAUUACUCAGUAAACAUUUACGAUGAAGGGAAUUUGCUGUCUAUUGUAACAAGUGGAGGUGCUCAUGGGACACACGUUGCUAGCAUUGCUGCGGGUCACUUUCCUGAUGAACCUGAAAGAAAUGGUGUAGCUCCAGGGGCCCAGAUCCUAGCCAUAAAGAUCGGUGAUACUAGGCUCAGCACAAUGGAGACUGGCACAGGACUGAUUAGAGCGAUGAUUGAAGCAAUAAAGUAUAAAUGUGACCUGGUCAAUUACAGUUAUGGUGAAGCAACGCACUGGCCGAAUUCUGGGAGAAUAUGUGAGGCAAUAAAUGAAGCCGUGUGGAAGCAUAACGUCAUUUAUGUGUCAAGUGCUGGAAAUAAUGGUCCAUGUCUUUCCACUGUUGGCUGUCCAGGUGGAACUACCUCCAGUGUCAUUGGUGUGGGUGCCUAUGUAUCGCCAGACAUGAUGGUUGCAGAAUAUUCCCUCCGUGAAAAACUUCCUGCCAAUCAGUACACAUGGUCUUCAAGAGGUCCUAGCACUGAUGGAGCUCUUGGAGUUAGUAUUAGUGCUCCAGGAGGAGCUAUUGCAUCCGUGCCAAACUGGACAUUGCGGGGUACUCAGCUAAUGAAUGGAACAUCCAUGUCUUCUCCGAAUGCUUGUGGAGGCAUUGCACUAGUAUUAUCAGGUCUUAAAGCAAAUGAUGUUGCUUACACUGUGCAUUCAGUGAGAAGAGCGUUGGAGAAUACUGCUUUAAAAGCUGAAAACAUUGAAGUUUUUGCCCAAGGGCAUGGCAUUAUUCAGGUCGACAAAGCCUAUGACUACCUCAUGCAGAACACCUCAUUAAUCAAUAAAAUAGGUUUUACCAUUUCUGUUGGAAACGGCCGUGGAAUUUAUCUCAGGGAUCCAGUUCAGGUUUCUGCACCCUCAGACUAUGGUGUAGGCAUUGAACCAACGUUCCCCGAAAAUACAGAUAAUGUUGAGAGAAUUUCCCUCCAACUUCACUUGGCUCUUACAUCCAAUGCCACCUGGAUUCAGUAUCCUAGCCACCUGGAGCUGAUGAACCAAUGUAGACACAUAAACGUCCGUGUGGAUCCCCGGGGUCUGAGAGAAGGGGUGCAUUAUACAGAGAUAUGUGGAUAUGAUAUAUGUGCCCCUACUUCUGGUCCAUUAUUCAGAGUUCCUGUAACUGUUGUCAUACCAGCAAGGCUCAGUGAGUCUGCGUCAUAUGAUUUGGAGUGUAAAGAUGUACUUUUCAAAUCUGGGCAAAUAAAGCGUCAUUUUAUAGAAGUUCCUCAAGGUGCAACCUGGGCUGAGGUUAAUGUGACCUCCCGCUCUUCUGAUGUGGCCUCCAAGUUUGUUCUGCAUGCUGUUCAGCUGGUUAAGCAGAAAGCUUACCGAAGUCACGAGUUUUACAAAUUCACUUCUCUACCUGAAAAUGGCGCUGUGACGGAAGCAUUUCCUGUUCUGAGUGGCAAAACCAUUGAAUUUUGCAUUGCACGUUGGUGGGCAAGUCUCAGUGAUGUGAAUAUUAAUUACUCGAUUUCCUUUCAUGGGCUUGUUUGUGGCCAAUCUCAACUGAACAUUCAUGCAUCUGAAGGCACGGCUCGUUUUGAUGUAUCCUCUACUUUAAAGUAUGAGGAUUUGUCUCCUAGCAUUAGUUUGAAAAAUUGGGUGCAAACUUUAAGGCCUGUCAGCGCCAAGACGAGACCUUUGGGAGUUCGUGAUAUUUUGCCAAACAACCGUCAUCUAUACGAGAUAGCUUUAACUUAUAAUUUCCAUCAGCCCAAAAGUGGAGAAGUGACGCCUAGCUGCCCGCUGCUUUGUGAUUUGUUGUAUGAAUCGGAGUAUGAUAGCCAGUUAUGGAUGCUCUACGACCAGAACAAAAGACAGAUGGGAGCAGGAGAUGCCUACCCACACCAGUAUGCUGUGAAACUUGAAAAAGGAGAUUAUACAAUUCGAAUGCAGGUCCGCCAUGAGCAGAUGUCUGAAUUGGAACGAUUGAAAGACCUUCCUUUUGUGGUUUCUCAUAGAAUGUCAAACACUUUGAGUUUGGAUGUUUUUGAAAGUCACAGUUUGGCUCUUUUGGGAAAGAAAAAGGUCAAUACAAUAACUUUGCCACCAAAACACAGCCAGCCUUUCUUCGUUACAAUGUUGCCUGAUGAUAAAAUACCUAAAGGUGCUGGGCCAGGCUGCUACCUCAGUGGCACUCUGACGCUGUCCAAGACAGAACUUGGCAAAAAAGCGGGGCAGUCUGCAGCAAAGCGACAAGGAAAAUAUAAAAAGGAUGUGAUUUCUGUGCAUUACCAUUUGAUACCAGCAUCAACAAAACCUAAGAACGGCAGCAAGGACAAAGAGAAAGAAGCUGAAAAGGAGAAAGAUGUGAAAGAAGAAUUUUCAGAUGCUCUCAGAGACUUAAAGAUUACGUGGAUGCCAAAGCUUGAAAGCAAUGAUAUCUUCAAUGAAUUGAAGGAAGCCUUUCCAAACCAUCUUCCCCUGUAUGUUGCAAGGCUUCAUCAGCUGGAUUCCGAAAAGGUAACAUUCAUUUUUGAGGAAAGAAUCAAGCUCAUAAAUGAAAUAAUUGCAGCUGCUGAGGAAGUCAUUUCUAGAAUUGAUCAGACCGCUCUUGCCUUGUUUUUUGCCAUGAAAUCCGAUCCAAGACCUGACGCAGCCACUAUAAAAAAUGACAUGGAGAAGCAGAAGGGCACCCUGAUUGAUGCUCUGUGUCGAAAAGGCUGUGGCUUGGCAGACAAGGUACUCCACCUCCAGUCCAAAGAUGGUGCUGCAUCAUGCGACGAUGGGAGAGAAGAUGACCAAGAGGCCGCUCUCGAGGCUGCUCUAGAGGCCUUAAAUGAAACUUACUGGGAAAUUGCAAAAUGGAUUGAUGUUUAUGACUCGAAGGUUUUGCAGUUUGUCUACAAACAUGCUUUAGCAAAUAAACUAUAUGGACGAGGAAUUAAAGCUGCAACAAAAAUAGUAGAAGAGAAGCCAACUAAAGACAACUGGAAAAACUGUGUCCAGUUAAUGAAAUUGCUUGGUUGGACCCAUUGUGCAACUUUUACAGAAAACUGGAUCCCAGUCAUGUUUCCCCCGGAUUACAGCAUUUUCUAAAAUUCCAGCUGCAAUAUCAUUUGAUACAAAAUGUCUUAUACAUGAGAAUAUUUAGCUCUCCCAGACGUCUGUUUUUUUUGUUUUUUUUUUAAAGCAUGUAUUCUGUUAAUACAAUGGUUAAACUAUGUAUUUAUCUGCCAAUGCACCCAUGUGCAUUAUUGUGUGUGUGUGGUAUUUGGAUGGCCUAGGGUUGUUGCAUGUGUUAAUAAUAAUUUUUAACUCGAGACCUGGAUUUUACAGUAAUCAUCAUAUUUUUAACAUUUUUAUGUUGAGGUUAUAAAGGCCUAAAUAGUUCAAAUAAGUAAGAUUUUUAUUUAUAGAAGGAAAUUUAAAAAAAUGCAUAGCCUUUACCCACAUAUGGUAAAGGUAGCAGUUUUCUGGGCUGAGCUAAUUGGAAUGCAACUUAUUAAGGGUCCACCAACUGGCAUUUCUAGUGCAGUGAUCAGCUACAUUUUUAAAUGAUUUUAGCUUGGCCCACAACAUGCUUAUCUCCAGUAUGUGUAGACAACAGGUGCACUUUAAAUACAUGCUAUAGUUUACAUAAAAGAAGAUCCCACCUAAUAAUUUUUAGGGUUGGUGAAUUGGAGUAAAAGCACUUUGUGUGCAUUUAUCUCUGGUGCUCUUGAAUUUCUGCCCAGAGUCAUCACCAACCCCCCCCCCCUUGCUUAUGCAAGAAAGUGCCCACUGACUGUUUCUAGUUGUCAAGCCCCGUUGAAUAGUGUGAAAUGUUGGGCAGAAUUCUUUACAAAAAUGCACAGAUGUUUUACCAUCCACUGACUUUUGUAAUAAAUGGAUUUCAGAGUUUGGUUUUGUUUCCAGUGUCAGUAACGGACCUUCAUGUUUGAGUAGUUGUGCUUUCACAAGUCUAGCAUUUACUCUUCAUUGUAUGUAAAGGAAAUAUCGGUCAUCAAGGAGUUUUUCAGGCAAUAGCAUAAUUUUGUAUAUGAAUUAAAAUAAAGACACGUGCCAGGCAUUUAAUGUUUCUUUAAUCGGGUAUAUUGUACAGUUAUACAUAUGUUUAUCAUCAUACUUAUGUAAAAUAAAACAAGUCGUGCACAGAACAAAUAUGUUACAAA